UCGAGUGAUUCCCGACGGCCGCGGCAGACUCCCGCACCGAUGAGGCUUGUGAACCAUGAGUGGCUGGUGCUGCAUCGUGAUCAUCAUGUCCACCAUCAGCACGGGGGUACUGUCGCCGGCGCCGAUGAAAGCUGAGGUCAAGGAAACUUACGACCGUCACUACUGGUACACUCAAGCCCAGGAAACCCUACAAAAGCGGCUGCAAUACGCCGCGGACAAAAACCCGAUUGCGAAGAACAUAAUCCUGGUGGUAGGAGACGGGAUGAGCCUGACAACAGCCACCGCAGCCAGGAUCCUGCGUGGCCAGCGACGAGGGCAGACUGGAGAAGAUACAGACCUCGUCUGGGACACCUUCCCGGCUGUUGCUUUAGCUAAGACAUACAACAUUGACGCCCAGACCGGCGAGUCUUCGGCCUGCGCCACAGCACUUCUAUGCGGCGUAAAGGCACGAUACGAGACGCUAGGCCUGGACGCUGGUGGCAGGUUCAACAUCUGCUCCUCCACCCUCAACUCGAAGGUCACUUCCCUCAUCGACUGGGUCCACGAGGCUGGUAAGUCCAGCGGCAUAGUGACCACAGCACGGAUCACUCACGCCACCCCAGCGGCGCUGUAUGCGCACGCGCCGUCCCGCUACUGGGAGGACGACAGCCGGGUCCCGCCGACUGUGAGGAAGGACUGCAAGGACAUAGCCAUGCAGUUGGUGGAGAAUGAACCUGGGAGGAACAUUAAUGUUAUAAUGGGGGGUGGGAGACGGCACUUCCUGCCGACGGUGACCCCUGAUCCCGAGCACAAGAAUCGGGAAGGCAGGAGAUUGGAUGGAAGGAACCUGGCCGAGGAUUGGGCACGGGAAAAGAAGAGACGGCGCCUACGGGCCCAGUACAUACACUCCAGGGAGCAGCUAGCGAAAUUGGAUCCAAGAUCCGUCGAUUACUUGUUAGGUAUAUUCGAGUACUCCCACAUGGAGUUCAACGCGGAGCGGGGCGCGGUGGCGGAUGCGGAGGAGGGCGCGGCGGCGGGCUCCGCGGUCAAGGCCGAUGACCCUUCGCUGGCUGACAUGACCAGAGCCGCGCUGUCUAUCCUGUUGAAGAACGACAAAGGAUUUUUCUUACUUAUUGAAGGGGGUCGAAUAGACCAUGCACACCACUACAACAAUCCGUACCGGGCUCUUGACGAGACACUGGAACUGGAGACAGCGUUACUGGCAGCAUUGGAGCGGGUAAACCCUGCGGAGACCCUCAUCGUGGUCACAGCUGACCACGGACACGUCAUGACCUUCGGCGGCCAGGCCACCCCAAGGGGACACCCUGUUUUAGGUGCGGACACAGUGGUGUCUGAUAUUGACGGACUUCGGUAUACGACUUUGUUGUAUGGAACGGGACCAGGGCACUCCGAGCCAAGAGCGUUGCCUCUGAACGCAACUGCAUCGAACACAGUCCAAGCUGAUGCAGUCCACGCGGCAGCAGUUCCAAGGCAAUGGGCCACCCACGGCGGGGAGGAUGUGCCGAUUUAUGCCUUAGGUCCAAUGGCAACGACCCUGUUCGCGGGAGUCGUGGAACAGAGCUACAUCCCACACGCCAUAGCGUACGCAGCGUGUCUAGCUCACCAGGCGCGUAGGUGUCAAGAGAAAGUGAACCUUACUCAGCCACCGGUAAAGAUCCCAAGUUGCGUACCACCUGAAGUUAGCAGCGUGUCCGCUGCAGAAGAGUCAAAAAACGAUGCUACCGGUCGCCGUAUCGUAGUUGCGUCAAGCGUGAUGUCAGACGAGCGAGCACCGCGGUCAACCGCUCCGCUCACCGCUCAGCUUAUCACGCAGAGCUACCUUAUUUCAGGCCUCCUAUGUUCGUUACUACAUUUCAAUGUUUGGUUUGUAAUCAAGUGACCCAUCGGCUUAAUUAAUUAGAUUUUUUCGUACUAACAUAGUUGUCAUCCAAAUGCGUUGAUUUUUUUUAAAUCAUCCAAAUGUGUCUUCGUUGUUUUCGUUGUAUUUUAAAUCAUCCACAUGCGUCUGGCAUUGAAAGCUGUGUUAGUGCACCGUCGAAGUUUUGUACAGGGAAUGAAAUUGAUACCAAACACUAAGUGAAUGUAAAUAAUGUCUUGUAAAUAUAAA